CUCAGCCGUGACACACGUGAAAGCACACUAACUGUUAAAGUAAUGAUUUAAUAACUGCAGACACGUUUACGCAGUCAUAGCAAGACACACAGAAUGUAUGCAUACUAGCACAGAGUCAAGCUGAGAGUCUUGCUGAGAGAGUUGCUGUAUUAGAACGACUGACAGAUAUUAAAUACAGAGCUUGGCUUACUGUCUGACAUCAGGUCGAUACCACCUGGUAGAUCUCUCGGUGAGCCAAAUGGGACGAGACUAGACCCCAGCAGGUCAAUCAUCCACAUGACGCUUCAAUGAAUCCACUUUGAUUAAAUGGACGCCAAAUAUGACAAUAUCGGUACAUCCUCAAAAGUUUGAAUUGAGGUGGUUGGAAGUUAAAUUGAACACGAACACCCCUGAAGAAAGCGAAUAUUCCCGAGACUGCAGGGUGUAGAUGACAGUAAGCGUUUCCGCAUCGACCCGUAGCGUGCUGUCAUUGCGGGAGAAUGAACAACGCAAAAUGUUGCAUAUUAAAUCAAAUACCAAGGAGACGAACACGGAUUAUACAAUGUAUCUAUGUGGUGGGGUUCAUGGACCUGUUUGGGGUGAGCUUGAUCAUUCCCCUGCUGAGUCACCAUGUCAAGGCCCUUGGGGCCAGCCCCACCGUGGCAGGCUUAGUAGGCUCCACAUAUGGGAUCCUACAACUCUUCUCUAGCACUAUAGUUGGCAGCUGGAGUGACGUGGUGGGGAGGCGGUACUCUAUGCUGUUGUGUCUGCUGCUGAGUGCUCUGGGCUACGGCCUGCUGGGGAUGUCCACCAGCAUCGCCCUGUUUCUCCUGGCUAGGAUCCCUGUGGGUCUGUUCAAGCACUCCCUGUCCAUCUGCCGAGCCCUGCUGUCUGAUCUGGUGUCUGAGGUGGAGCGCCCCCUAGUGAUGGGACACUUCAACGUGGCCUCCAGCAUGGGCUUCAUCUUGGGGCCCGUGGUGGGGGGCUACCUCACUGAACAUGACGGAGGCUUCUACACCGCAUCCUUCACCUGUGCCGCCAUCUUCCUCCUCAACGCAGGUCUAGUUUGGCUGCUUCCCUGGAGCGAUGCACUAACCCCACGCACCGAUGCUAACUCCAACAGCAGCGCUAGCAAUGCCAGCUGCCACGACAACGACAACCACUUCACCUCAACACAGCAAAACUGCUCCCAAGGCAACAGCGACAACCAAACUACAGCGCCGGCGGCAGCGGUCACGGGAUCCGUGGCUCCAGAGAAGAACCAGCGGAGCUGGAGCUGGGAUCUGGACUGGGGGGAGGUGUCCCUGCUCCCUUCUGCCUGGCGUCAGCUCUCUUCGGUGGGCUCCAAGAUUAGCAGUGUGGCCUCCUCAGACAUGUGGGACCUGUUCCUGGUGCGUCUGCUCAUGGCCAUGGCCAUAAUGCUGUACUACAGUAACUUCUCCCUGGCCAUGGAGGAGCGCUUCAUGCUGAAGCCCAAAGCCACAGGUUAUCUAAUCAGCUACAGCUCUACCCUGGGGGCCCUAGCCGGGUUCUUGGUGGGACCCAUCACUAAACUGUACGGUAACAACAUGUCGGCGCUGUUGCUACACUCUUCGGUCCUCACGUGUUGCCUGAUCCUGCUCUACGCCGUAGCGCCCAGUGUCUGGCACGUGUUGUUAAGUUCCACUUUCAUCGCCAUCUCUACAACCAUCGGACGCACCUGCAUCACUGACCUGGUACUGCAGAAAGGGGGCGCUCACGCCAGCGGCACACUCAUCGGGGCGGGGCAGUCAGUGACCGCGGUGGGGCGCGUGCUCGCACCCCUACUCUCGGGGCUGGCCCAGGAGUUUAGUCCCUGUGGGCCCCCGAUUCUGGGGGUAGGGCUGGCGUUAGCGGGCAUCGUCCUGCUGUUGGUCAGGGUGCCAAAAUGGGAUGAGAGGGGGAAAGAGGCAUAACUCUGAGUCACUCACAGUGAGAGAGUGAAUGAAUGAGAGAGUGAAUGAAUGAGAGAGGGUCAAAACUACAACAGCACUGGAGACAGAACUGAUGCAGAACUGUUGGGGUUGGUUUUUGUUAACGUGUCAGCUGGGGGUGGUUCCAUUGUUUGUUUUUUUUAGCCACAACUCCAGCUCUGUUGGUUGGGUCUCGAUGUGAUGACAUCACAGCACCGAUAGGACCCAGGUCAUCAUCAGCAUCGCUCUCUUCCCCCCACUUCAGUCCCCCAAACAGACCGGGUCAUCAUCAGCAUGGCUAUUCCCCACUUCAGUCCCCCAAACAGACCAGGUCAUCAUCAGUAUGGCUAUUCCCCACUUCAGUCCCCCAAACAGACCAGGUCAUCAUCAGCAUGGCUAUUCCCCACUUCAGUCCCCCAAACAGACCAGGUCAUCAUCAGUAUGGCUAUUCCCCACUUCAGUCCCCCAAACAGACCAGGUCAUCAUCAGCAUGGUUAUUCCCCACUUCAGUCCCCCAAACAGACCAGGUCAUCAUCAGCAUGGCUCUUCCCCACUUCAGUCCCCCAAACAGACCGGGUCAUCAUCAGCAUGGCUAUUCCCCACUUCAGUCCCCCAAACAGGGGAGAAUGCAAAAAGUUCAGUGUUGCCAAGGCGACCGUGAACAAAGCCAGCAACCCUCUGUAAAAGGCAUGGGAAGUUGUCCAUGCUAAGUUAGCUUAGCGUAGGUCAACAGCAUGUCAGUGGCUCAUUAGGUUCUUAUAACCUAGAAAUAUUCAAAUGUUUAUGUCUCUAGUGAGAGGCAAUAAUUCAAUUAAAAACAACAACAUAUAAGUCUAAUGUUACUCUAAUGUAAUCCUGCUCUUCCUUAACAACCACUACAAAUAGUCCAGGAUAGUAUUGGUACUGAGAAUGCUAAUUUCCCCCAAAUGCUCUGUUUCUGACCUAUCUUAUGAGGGUGGACAGCAGGUGAAGGGGCUCCUCUUUCCUCUCUGGCGCCACAUUCUAUUUUCUCUCCCUUCUCACAGAAGUGUGCACUCCGUCACCCUCCCUUUAAGGGUUGAACAUAUUUGGAUCAGUGUGAAUACAUCCACACCAAUCCAGUGCUUUUGAAUCCUUUUGUGUGAGUGAUCUGGUACACACUGGGGAAACGGAUCAAGAACCUUAACUGAGCUUGAGUACUGGUUGUCCACAGGCACAUAUCUAGGAUUCAUUUACCCUUCCUAAACCCUAACCACGCAGGGGAAGUUAAACACAUUUUCCAAGGAUCUUAGGUCAGUGUCUGUGGGUAACAUCAUCGUACUUCCUUUAACCACUACGCUAUCAGGGCCUUUUCAAUGGAAAUCUUUACUUUUAUACAAAUAUAUAAUUUAUUUUCAUUUUAUAUUAUUUUCCCUUAUUCUACAUUGUCCAUAUUGAGUUUAGUCUAAUUCAUAAAUGUACUGUUAAUUAUUAUUUAUAUAUGAAUGAUCUUAUUUUGAAUGGAGUUGCCCUUACACUGACCCAAAUGCCACUGAAUGUUAUGAAGACACUUAUUGUGCUGAAUGAUUCGUAUGAAGGAAGUAAAGAUCAUACCAUUUGACAAUAAAAUAAGUAU